UGGAUCGAUGUAAGUCUACCCGUCCAAAUCCUUUCAAACAGUACAAUCACUCUGACGCCUCAUGAUGAAAACAGGGCCUACGCGGAGUGGCAUCCUUUAUGGUCGUAAGCGGCCACCUGUGCACAGCUUUCGUCCCAUGGCUGCAUUCGCCAGCGAAUGACCCACACACUGCUCCACACCUGUUUCAAUUACCAUUUUUCCGACUUGCCGUCGGCGGGCGCUCGGCUGUGGCGCUCUUCUUCCUCAUAACCGGAUACGUGAACUCGAUAGGACCUAUUGGGCGAUCGCGCGCUGGAAACACUGAUGCGGCGUUCAAUGGCAUUGCUAAGAGCGCCCUCGCUCGCUCAGGCAGGCUGGUUCUUCCGACGAUGAUGGCCACGGCGUUGACGUGGUUUAUGGCCAACAUCAAUGCUUACCAUAUGACCAAGCAUGUCGAUUCGACGUGGAUCCGUCAGGGCUGGCACCGGCAGGAGCCUACUCUUGGAGCAGCAUUUAGUUCGCUGUUCAAGGCUGAGGUGGAUACGUGGACAGUAGGAUGGGACGACUAUGACGGGACGCAAUGGACGCUGCAUCUAUUCCUGGAAGGCAGCAUGUUGGUCUACAUGACCAUGUUUGCUACGGUUCUGGUAAAACCAAAGGCACGAUUCAUUGUCUACGCUGUACUAUACCUGUACUUCUGGCAGCUUGGAGAAGGCCUCGCAGUCGGCGCUCUCAAAGGCCUCAACAUCGUCUUCGGUAUGUUCGUCGCAGAGCUACACAACCACUACAAAGAUACAGCGACCUCUGUCCUCCCGGCCCCGAUCCCAGCCCUCAUGAUCAUCGCGGGCAUGUUCAUGGCCGGCUUCCCGCAAGACUCGCCGCAAAACGCGCACUGGUCCGACUCCAUGGCACACUUCAUGCAGGCCAUCACCGUCGAAAAGACCGACAUCCGCCGCUACUGGGACCACAUCGGCGCCGCGACCGUCCUGCUCGGCAUCUUCUUCAGCCGCAACGCCCGCCGCGUGCUCACCAGCCCGAUCUUCAACUUCCUCGGUCGCGUGAGCUUCCCCGUCUAUCUCAUGCACAACACCUUCAUCAAGUCGGUGCUCACCUGGAUGGUGUAUCUCCCAUCCGCGAUGAACCCGCCUAGAAACGAAAAGGGGCACCAAAUGGACCUCCAGCGCGGAUCCACAACGCACAUCUUCAUUGCGGUCGCGGUGUUUUACUACGUCCUCUACCGCGCCGCCGCCCUCUGGGUCCAGCACAUCGACCCCUUCUGCGCGAACCUUGUAAACGCUGCGACGAGCUGGGCGUACGGCGAGUCGCAGCCCCGCGAGAGCAGGCCCAUUCUGCAGACCAUCGAGCGGCGAUCGUCGCCUAGCCGCGAGAAACCGAAGCUCGACUCGCCCGUAUGAGCGCACACCACUUUUUCGUCACCACCCACUCCCGGCGCCAGCGCCGUCCCAUCGCUACCACCUUUCUCUUCUUGUAUAUUCUGCGCCGAAGCCUGGGCUUCAUUUAUACCCUUGUAGUUUACCUCGUUCCGUUUGUUGUGUUGACACGGCCGCGGCCAAAUACCCGAUCCGAUCUUUCUCGCGAAUGUACUGGCCUAGGCCUUGUGGAGCAUGUACAUGUAUGUGUACGGGGCAUGUUGGCGUUUUGGAAAUGAUAUGAUGUCGUGCAUUUACGGAUGGGAUUGAUAUAGUGUGGAGAAGGGAAGCCAUGAGCUUUUUUUUGGAGCUUGGAUUAUGAUAUACUGGUUUCGCAUCGGAUUGGAUGGAUAGAGAUGAGAAGAACUUUAGAGAUAUACUUUCGAUGCU